UCUGGUGGACUUGGAGACUCAGACAAGAAGGCUCCCAUGGCUCCUUAUCACAUCCGCAAAUACCAGGAGAGCGACCACAAAACGGUCCUGGCCUUGUUCUCCCAGGGGAUGGCCGAGCACGUCCCCACCACCUUCCUCCACACCCUCAAGUUGCCCCGAACCCUCGUGCUCUUGCUUGGAGGGCGCCUCGCCCUAUUCCUGGUCUCUGGCUCCUGGUUCCUGGCCCUCAUGGCCAGCCUCACCCUCCUCACUGCCCUGUGGUUUCUGGCCAAAUAUUCCUGCACCCAGUUUCUAGUCAAGUCCUUGCAGACAGACUUGUCUGAUGUCACAAAAUCCGACUUGACUGAGCGUGGCUCCUGCUUCUGGAUGGUUGAGGCCGAGGGGCAGGUGGUGGGCAUAGUGGGAGCUCUGCGCAUUAAGGAGCCCACCCUGGGGAAGGGGCAGUUGGAGCUGCUUCACCUCAGUGUGGCCUUGGAGCACCGUGGUCAGGGGAUAGUGAGAGCCCUGGUCAGGACUGUCCUCCAGUUUGCAAGGGAUCAGGGCUACAGUGAAGUCGUCCUCACCACCAGCAUCCUGCAGCCCUCUGCUCUGACUCUCUACCAGAGCAUGGGCUUCCAGAAGACGCAACAGUUCUUCUUCUCCAUGAGCUUAAGGCUAAUGGCUGUCUCUUCAAUUCGUUUAACCUACCUCCUCCCCUCUGCUCAGGUCUCUCAGGGACCGGGGCAGGGAGGGGGCUUCUGAUCUGUCUCCUGGUGGACUAGUCAGGGGAGGAUCAGCUCUGCUGCAGGAACAGGCCAACCCUGAAAUCUCACUGUGACAGCACAGGGGUCGCUUACUGCUCAUUCACA